AUGGCUCCUUGCCAUGUUAAGCAGGUGCCCGCAAGCAAUACAUGCCAGCGCGACGCCAGCAUGAAGCGCAGCAGCAGCAGGAGCAGCCGAAGCAGCAGCAGGAGCAGCCGAGGCAGCAACCAGGGCAGCCGACGCAGCAACAAGGGCAGCCGACGCAGCAAUGGAAGCAGCCGAAGCAGCAGCCGAAGCAGCGGAAGUAGCAGCAGCAGCAGCAGGAGCAGCAGCGGCAGCAGGAGGAGCAGCAGCAACGGCAGCGGCACAGGCGCGUGUCUGAAGGGGAGCCUUACUUCUCGUGCUGCUAUCCUGGAGUCUGCUAUAUGCGGGACCAGCAGCAUCAGCAGCAGCAGCAGCAACAGCAAAAUCGGUGGAGCGCAAGACUUCGAGUUGCUUCGAUGCCAUUCCCACAUAAAGUUGGAGACUGGCGGGCUGUACACUGGAGGCUGUUUAUUGCUGUUGCCUCCACAAUGUGGUCGGGCUAAACGCACCAUCAGCAACAGCAGCAACAGCAUCAGAAACAGGAGGAGCUGGGUUCCUGCUCCAGUUGCGGAGUCGCCGAGUUGGGAGUCCGAGGAACUGCAGCAGCUUGCUGCGGCGCCUGCAACAGUAGCAGCGGGUCCUGCUACAGUUGCUGCUGCUGCUGCGCUGGCUGCUGCUGCUCGAGCUGUGCCGUCUGUGGACUCAGGUGAGCAACAGCAGCGGCAAGUGCAGCGGCAUCAGCAACAGGGGCUGCUCCUUAGAGAUGGUUGCGGAUUCUAUUGCUUCAACCGGUUCGCUCGUAGCACCGGCAACAGCAACAACAGCAGUACGGAUUCAACUUGGAGUGACAGUACAGACAUUAGACUCAGCGACAGUGAUAGCAGCAGUAUUAGUUUAAGCAGCAGCAGCAGCGGUAGCAGCAGAGGUAGCAGCAGCAAUGAUGGAGAUGCCGAUGGUUCAUUGAGAGCCAGUGCUCUCUGCAGGAGAAGCAAGCGCAGCAGCAGCAGCAGCAGCAGCAGCAGCAGCACCGUGUGCUGCGGUAACUGCGUGGCUGCGGGUGUUUCUGCGAUGACCCAAACAGUAGCAGCAACAGCAGCAGCAGCUUCAGCUGCUGCUGCUGACCUUGGGUGCCCUGCGGCUCUAAGCUGCAGCAGCGGGGACACUGUGACGCAGCUAAGGCAGCAGCAGCGGCCACAUCACCAGGGGCAGCAGAAAAUGCUUAUGCAUGCAUUUGGUGGCCAGUGGUCUGCAGGUCUGCGCAGCGGCUUGGGGAUGGACGUGCAGGUGCUGCAACAACAGAAGCAACUGCAGCAGCGUGCAGGUACAUGUUUGCUGCUUCGUUGCGGUUUGUGGGAUAACGACCGCCCCAAGGGUUGGGCCGUCCAGGUUAAGCAUCAGCAGCAAACUGGCGGCAUCAACAGCCGCAGCAACAGCAGCGCGAGCAGCUGUCCUUGUUGCUGCUGCAGCUCUUCUACGUCAGUUGUUUUGGGGGAUAUGUCCAAUGGACAGAUCGCGCCAGGGCCUCUGGUGGUUGCUUCUGGAUGCGGUGUCUUCUUCGGAUCAGCCGUCUCCAGCGGCAGCAACAGCAAUAACAGCAGGAGAAACAACGGGAGCAUCAGCAACGACAACGGGAGCAGCAACAACAUCAGCGGGGGCACCAACAGCAACACUAAUAGCACCGCUGGCGAUAGCAGUAGUGACGUUGCUGCAGUAACACUUGAGGGUAUCUGGAUUGGCGUUUGCAGCAGCAAUAGCUCCAAUCGAAGCUGCUGCUGCUGCAGCGGUAACCGCAGCGCGGUUGCCGUUAGGUUGCUCUCCAAAAUGCCCAUUCCCACCUACAACAGCAGAAACAGCAGCAGCAAUAGUAACAGCAGCAGCAGCAGCAAUAGCGACGGAUCGAUACGCAAUCUCGAGGAGCUUGUGCCCCUGCCAGACUGGGCCACAGACAGCAGCACCAGCAACAAUAGCAAAACCAGCAGCAAAGCUGCUAAGUAUAGCGGACAAACGCCAACACCGCCGCUGCUGUUGUUGUUGCAACUACUGCAACAAUCGCUCGUUGCUGCUGCUGGGCUGCAGCAACCGCUGCAUCCGCCUGGCAGCGAUGCGUGCAGCUUAGAGUGCCAACGCAGUCCAGCGGUCUUUUGCACCGAGCCGACGCAUGCUGCUACUCUCUUCAGCAGCAUGUUCUCUGGGAGGCGACGGCCGCAGCAGCAGCAGCAACCGCAGCAACAGGAACAGCAACGACGGCAACGAGAGCAGGAGGAGCUGGCUAGACGGCAGCACGAGAUUCUUUUGCGCAUACAGGAAGAACAGCGGCAACAGCAGCUGCAGUACAGGCUAGAAGAAGAAGAAGAACAGCGUCAACUGCAGCAAUACGCGAGUAGUACGCAGAAUGGUGGUGGCAAUGCUGUCGCCCUUGCUGCUGCUGCUGCAGCAGCCGACGUUCCUGCCGCAGUUAGCAGCGCGACCCUUGCAGCUGCAGCCACUGCUGCUGCUGCUGCUGCUGCACGCGCGAACGCGAAGGCUGCAGCGGCGGGCGCUGCUUAUGGAGCAUCGCAUGCAGCAAGGGCGGCAGCAGCAGCAGCUGCUGCUGCAGCAGAACCACUUGCGACGAGACGCAGGACACCUGAUGCAGCACCUGCUGCUGCACGUGCUACUGCUGAUUCAGCUGACAGUAGCGAUUUCUCCUGGUCAGACAUCGAAAAUGCACUGGAGGACGGAGGGCCAGCCGUAUCCGUAACAGCAGCGGCGCCCAGCGGAAGGGCAGCGGUAGGAGUUCCGACAGCAGCUGUAAGCAUUGCAGCUGUUGAAGCUGCAGCAGCAAUUCGAGAAAAAGCAGCAGCUAGAGCAGUAGCAGCAGCUCGAGCUACAGCAGCAGCAGCGGCAGGCGAUUUACAGGCAGUGGGAGAUGCGGCGGCGGAUGCAGCAAGUGCAUUCAGAAGAGCGGCAGCUGCUGCAGGAGCAGCAGCUGCUGCUGCGGGAGCGGAAGCAGCUGCUGUUGCAGGGCAGGCGCUGGAAGAAAAUGAUAUUUGUGGCGCUUCUUGUUGCGGAGAUAGGCUAGUAGUGGCAAAUACUGCUGGAGGUGACCAGCGGGAAACCAGGCAGCAGCAGCAACAACGGCAAGUUCCGGGCGCGGGAUUUGAACCGUUGCAGCAACAACAGGGACAGCUGCAUGCGCUGCUGCAGCAGCAACAGCAACAGCUGCAGCAGCUGCAGCAGCUGGUGCUGGCGCAGUCGGCAGGCGGAGGUGACUGGCGGGAGCAACAGCUACAGUCGCUACAGCGCUUUACGGAGCAGCAGCAGCAACUGCUGCAGCGUUUACAGGGGGAGCAACAGCGGCUGCAGCAGCAAGCGAUAGAAGAAGAGAGGAAACGCAAAGCUCAUCAGGAGCAGCAGCAGCUGCAGCGAAUACAGCAGCAGCAGCAACAGUUGCUGCUGCAGAAUCGCAACAGAGAACAGCAAGCUCUUGAGUCGGGGCUGCAUGCGUUUUUCUUUUCAUCGGAAGAAGAGGCAUCGGACGGUGACAGCAACACCAACAAUAGCAGCAGCAGCUGUAGCAGCAGAAGCUGUAGCAGCAGCACCGGCAGCAGCAGCAAACAGGGUAUAGCCUUCACGGCAUUUUGUACAACAGAAGUUGACAGGGGCUCAGGGGGAAUGCUCAAGUUGCUGCAGCAACAGGAAUUGAAGCAGCACUCGCAGCAGCCGCAGCAACACCUGCAGUGGUUACGUAGGGACUUGUGCCUCCCCGCUUCGGCUGCAGCUGCUUCUUCUAAUACAAGUGAAAUUGCUCGUCUUAGGGCGGCAGCAACAAAACCAGGAUCAUCAGCAACAACUACAGUGGGAGGCAGUUCGUGCAGCACACACACCAGCAGCCGCAGCAGCAACAGCAGCGGCAGCAGCAACGCUAUAAUCUUGCCCCUACCUGAAUGGGGCGAUGGCCCUUCAGCUAGGGACAUGGUAGACGCAGCAGCAGCAGCAGAAUCUGGUGGUGAUACUGCUGCAACAGGGCCUUCCACUUGUGGCCUGCAGCCUGCAUCGGCACUGGUCGCUGCUGCGCCCAUGUCUGCUGUUGUUGCAGCUGCUCUGUCCAGAACACCUAGUGAAUCGGGUAGUAUCAGCAGCAACACAGCAGGCAGCAUCAGCAGCAACACAGCAGGCAGCAGUACAGCAGGCAGCAGCAGCAGCAGCAGCAGUAGUCGCGGUCUCUCUGAGAAGCGAGGUAAGGGAGGUGCAGGGAGGGGGCUGCUGCAGUUGUUGCCUUUAUGGACCAGCAGCAACAAUAGCAGCAGCCAACUGCCGCCUUCCAAUGUAGACCUUGACGUCGAGCUACCAUCUGCGGCAGAUGACCAGCAACAACAACAGCAAGACCACUUGCACGAUGGGUUUAUGGGAGCUGCCGCCGGGCUGCUGCAGCACGCGCAGCAGCAGCUUCGUUGUGGAGCUACGCAUGCCAGCACAGGCUUAGCGGCAUCUGCUUCUAUGUUAUGUGAGCAUAACAAUGCUGCAACAGCAGUUGAAACGGACGACAACAGCUUCGUAAUCUCAUGGGGAACUUCCCAGCCUUCAGAUGCAGCGGCAGCCUUGCAGAUUCAACAGCAGCAACGCGAACAGCAGCAGCAACAACAACAGUAUCAAGUGCCACCCUGUGGAAUUGAGCAACAGCUGCAGCAGAUUUAUCAGCACAGGGCAGUGAUGCUGCAGCAGGCGUUAGGGAGCGAAGGGCAUGCAGAGAAGCAGCAACGGGACGAGCAGCUCCUGAAGCAGCCUGCAUGCUUGGGCUUGUGUAGCAAGAGCAGCACUAGCAGCAACAGCCAAGGGGACAGCUGCAGCAGCAGCUUCAGCAGUAGCUGCAGCGGCAGCAGCAACAGCACCGACGAUGCCAUUGGAGGUACAAGUCCGUUUGCAGGUGCUGCAGGCAGCUCGUGGCAGCAGCAGCAGCCUGUGCCACAGCAGGGUUUGGAGCAACAGGAGGGGCACAAGCAGGAGGAGGAGCAGCAGCAGAAAGCUCAGCAGCAGCAGCAACAGCAGCAGCAGCAGCAAGAGGCGGUGCAGCAGCUUAAGGCUGAAACAAACUUUUCGUCUGCUUCACGGACACCCAGCUCAACUGAAGGGCUGACCAAGCAGCAGAAGCAGUCACUCCAGCAUUCGGUGCUGCAACAGGAGCCGCAGCAGCAGCAAGUUAGGAAGGAUGGGCCGCCGCUGCAACAAGUGCAGCAGCAGCAGCAGCAGCAUAAAAUGUAUUCCCAAUCAUCACAGCUGCAUACCGACCAUAUGGGACUGCAGCAUCACCAGGACCAACACCAUGCUGGUGCUGCGCAGCUGCCACAACAAACAGUAAACAGAGAGCAAACAGAGCAGUCACCUGGCCAGAAUCAGCAGCACGGAGGGCAGCAGCAACAGCACGGCGAAGCCUGCGGCGUGCACAAGGUGCAACAUGCGCUGUUGAAGGAUUCUGCAGUUGCUGCAGACAAACCGCAUCCAUUUCGGUUUUCUCAGCAGCAACAGCAGCAGCGUCAAAUGCAGCAGCAGCAACAGCAGAAGGAACAACAGGAGGUGCAGCCAUUGAGCCUGCUACUCAAUAGCGUAUGUGCUUCGCCUCCUUGGAGCAACUUCAUAGACGCAGCAAUCAAACGGGUCUCGGCUGCCUCAUCGGCGGCAGCAGCUGCAGCAGCAGCUGCUGCUGCUGCUGCCGCCAACAGCUCCCCCUCGGACUGGAGACGCACGAGAGGGCAACAAGCCGCAGCUGCUCUUUUUGCUGCUGCUGCAGAACGAGGUGUCUUUCCAGCAACAAAGCCAAAGGUCUUUAAUCGAGGCUCUCCGCCACCUCUAACUUCCAAGGCUGCUUCUGCUGCUGCUGCACGGCUCGGGUUGGGGGAAGUGCAGGAGAUGGAGCGUAGGCUGUCCACUUUGUCCGGUGCAGGAGCAAAUAACACUGCUUCAGAGACCCCAGACAAAGAGGCGGUGUCGACACGAUGCGAGCAGCAGCAACAGGAGCAGGUGACGGUGCAGCAGCAGCAGCAGCAGCAGCAGCAGGUGGAGGGCAGCCCAGUCUUGCGACUGCAGCCCAGAAGCAGCAAAUUGCACAGUCGCUCCUUAUAUGAGCAGCAACAGCUCAUGAUGCUCGAGCAGCACGCGCUGAAGCAGCAUCUUGGAGGAAAACAGCAGCAACAGCAGCCGCAGCCUCAGAGCUCUACAGUGCAACUGGAGAACGUCUGGAAUCUUGCUGACCUUAGGACGAUCGUUGGUUUCCUGCUUCCUCAACAGCAGCAGCAGCAUCACUGGCGGCAACAGGCCACCGAGCAGCAGCAGCAGCAACAGCCUAACGCACGCACAAGGAAAAAUCGCAGGAACAGGAGGCGUCAAAAGCAGCAGCAACAACAACAACAGGCGGGCGAGAUAUCAGAGCUCUGGCUGCAGCAGCUGGGGGUACGGGGUAUUCCGGAGAGACUUAUGCUACUGCUCUUUUUCACAUUCCUUCUAGACAUCGACCAGGCCGUCUCUCGGCACCAAUGUCAUUUGCCUGGCUUCGUUCACUCUCUUCUCAAGCACCGCCAGUCGCUGCUGCUGCUGCUGCCUUCGGCACCAGUAGCAGCAGAAGCAGAAACAGCAACGAACGGUCUAGCUGUAGCACAAGGGCAGCAGAAGGCCGUCCUUUCCGCUAUCCAUGCGGGCCUUCACCAGUGCCUGCGAGGAGUGGCGGCAGCAACAGCAGCAGAAACAGCAGGAACACCUUCAUCUGGCGCUCGCGGGUGCAGCACGGACAGUACGCCUUUUGCUGCAAUGCAGCGCCGCAUUUUGCUGAAGCUGCGAGCCCUUGGCGUCGCAGCAGACCACGAAGGAGGCAGCACACUGUGCCAACGCACGCUGCAGUAG